AUGAACUCCUCGGGUCCGGUCGAGGUGGCCGAGGUUGCUAAAUCCAGAUCUGCCUCGCAUGCCAUCGGUCUAGACGAGAAGCAUGACUUGAUCAUUGAACCAAGCAUUCAGGAAACCACCAUCUGCAAAGGCCUCGAUGCUGAUGCAGGCACUCAAUCGCUGGACAAGAUUUAUCCUAGUGAUGAGGAUUUGCGCGCGUUGCGUCGAGUUGCGGGCAAGGUGCCAUGGUCAGCCUUUACUAUUGCGUUCGUGGAGCUCUGCGAGCGAUUCUCUUACUAUGGCACGACAGCGGUUUUUGUCAAUUUCAUCCAGCGACCUCUUCCGGCGAACUCGACUACCGGUGCUUUGUCUGCCGGUGCCAAUUGGGACAGUGAUGUGCCGGGUGCUCUGGGGAUGGGUCAACGAGCAUCAACUGGAUUGACUUUGUUCAAUCAAUUUUGGUCCUAUAUCAUGCCACUGGCGGGUGCGUUCGUGGCAGACCAGUACUGGGGCCGAUUCCGCACCAUUUUUGCCUCCAUCGCCGCCGCCCUCCUCGGACAUGUCAUUUUGAUUAUCUCCGCCAUCCCCAAAGUGAUUGCAAGCCCUGGCGGCUCGAUUGUCUGCUUCUCAGUCGGACUGGUGAUUAUGGGCGUGGGAACAGGUGGUUUCAAAUCUAACAUCUCUGCCCUCAUUGCCGAACAGUACCGAGAGGACAGGCCGUACAUUCAGACUCUGGCCAGCGGAGAGCGCGUCAUUGUCGACCCGGCUGCCACCGUCUCGCGCAUCUAUCUCUACUUCUAUAUGAUGAUCAACAUUGGCUCCAUUGUGGGGCAAGUGAGUAUGGUCUAUGCCGAACGAUACGUUGGCUUCUGGCUGUCGUUCCUUCUGCCCACAGCCAUGUUUUGUCUCUGCCCUACAGUUUUGUUCAUGUGCCGCAAUCGCUAUUAUUUGAUUCCACCCACUGGGUCUGUGUACUCUCAGGCAUUCCGACUGUGGAGCCUGGCGAUGAAGGAUCGCUGGUCUUUCAAUCCUGUGCGACUGUUCCGGGGGACAUCCAACUCGAAUGAUUUCUGGGAGCACGUCAAGCCAAGCCAUCUCGGUGCGAACAAGCCGGAUUGGAUGACCUUUGAUGACGAAUGGGUGGAUGAAGUUGGACGUGGGCUCAAAGCCUGCGUAGUGUUCUUGUGGUAUCCGUUGUACUGGUUGUCCUACAACCAGAUGCUAAACAACCUCACCUCGCAAGCCGCGACCAUGCGCCUCGGGGGUGUGCCGAACGACAUCAUUAACAACCUCAACCCGCUCUCGCUCAUUAUUUUCAUUCCCAUUAUGGAUCGUAUUAUCUACCCGGGCCUCCGUCGCGCUGGAUUUAACUUCACCCCUCUGAAGCGAAUCACGGCGGGCUUCCUCGCGGCGGGCUGCUCGAUGAUCGUCGCUACAGUGACCCAACAUUAUAUCUACAAGAACGGCCCGUGCGGCAAGAAUGCCAACUACUGUCUGGAAAGCGAGGGCAAAUAUACUGAUAUCUCGGUCUGGGUGCAGGCACUAACCUAUGUGCUGGGCGGUAUUUCAGAGAUCUUUGCUUCGGUCACCUCGCUGGAGUAUGCAUUCACCAAAGCGCCGCGCAACAUGCGAUCCCUAGUACAGGCUGUGGCGCUGUUCAUGAAUGCCUUCUCUUCGGCUCUGGGACAGGCCCUUGUCAGCUUGUCGGAGGAUCCGCUCCUCGAGUGGAACUACGGCGUCACAGCCAUCCUGGCAUUUGUCGGGGGUGCGGGCUUCUGGUUGACCAACUACAAGUUGGACCGGGAGGAGGACCAACUGAACAUGCUGCCGCAAAGUCGGUAUCAAGGUAAUGAAAAGAACGACGAGGAAAGCAAGUAA